AUGAGCGACAAGUACAAACCGUACAAGUCUGUGUUGGUGCGGAAGGGGACAGGAACCAAGAAAUGUGAUUGUCUGUUCAAGCUCAUGGCGAGAUACACAUCAGAAGAUGGUUUGUGGAGGUUGACUGUAGUACGUGGCGACCACAACCAUCAUCCAACCGAGACUUUGGUUGGCCAUGCCUAUGCCGGUCGCCUUACAAGUCAAGAAAAGGAUAUGGUUGGUAAAAUGGUUGACAAUAGAGUGAAGCCAGGUAACAUGUUGCUGGCAUUGAAGGAUGCCAACCCUCAGAAUGUGACUACCAUAAGACAAGUGUACAAUGAGCGGAUGACACUUCACUAUGGAACUGCGUGA